AUGGCACCAGCUCCCCCAGCUCCAAAUGUAACGCCUGCCUCGAAUGCGACCGCCCUUAUCGGUCCCCAUCCUUCAUAUAUUCAAGUCGCGAAGCCGUAUCUGUUCCAGCAGCAACUACAGAAUCAACUCAUAACACUGGGCGCAAACCCAACCCGAGAAGACAAUUUUAGGCUGCAAGGUGUGCAAUGGAUAAACGAUGUACGGAUAGCGUUACAGCUGCCCGUUCGAACGUUUUGUACGGCGUGCGUCUAUUAUCACAAGUUUCGACUCGCUCACAAAGACACUGAAUAUCAAUUUCAAGAUGCGGCAGCAGCAGCCCUCCUCACAGCGUGUAAGAUUGAAGAUACACUGAAGAAGUCGAAGGAGAUUCUGUGUGCCGCACAUAAUGUUAAACAUAGUAUUGCCGAGCAUCUCAGCCCGGAUGAUAUUGCAUUUGAGAAUCAAUCUAAGAUGGUUAUUGGACUGGAAAGGCUGAUGCUGGAGGCGUCAGGUUUUGAUUUUCGGGUACGGUUUCCGCAUAAACAUAUCAUCAAACUGGCAAAAGACUCUAAAGUCGAUAGUGAUGUUGCGAGAACUGCUUACAACAUCAUGCUUGACCUAUAUCGCACAUUUGCUCCUCUAAAACAGAGCUGUGCCGCGAUGUCAUUUGCCUGUAUUGAGCUUGCCACACUACUUUUGGAGAAACAAGAGAAUCGAAUACAUGGCGAGAGGCAGCCGUCAUAUCGCAAAUGGCAUACCAAGAGAGCAGAAGUUAUGGAAACAAUCUUAGACUUGCUCGAACACUAUACGCAUUUUCAAAAAUCGUCUGCAAUAGGGUCAUCGUAUCCUAUCGAUACCUUUAUCAAUAUCAGGAUACGCAUUAACAAAGAACUGGAACAUGAGUUCGAUCUGGCGCGAUACACCGAGCAAUAUGAGGCGCCGAAGAUUAACGGAAAGCUAAAUAUCAUUACCCCUAAGACUCCCGUCACACCAGCGAGUCCUUCAGAUUUACGAAUCAAUGGCAAAGACAUUGCUGCCUCAGCGGCAGUGAGUCCUCGGUCAGCGGGUUCCGGCAAACGUGGAAUCGGAGCUCGUGGACAAGAAGGAACUGUCCGGUUCAUGCUUGAUGGAGAGGAAGCGAAAAGAGAAAAAGCUGCAGUUGAUGAGUACUAUAAUGUGGAAUAUGAAGAGUAUGAAGAGGAAGUCGAGGAGACUAUCAAGGUGGAGAGGGUAGACCACCAUCAUAAUCGGCAUCAUAAUGGUCAUGAUGAACGAUAUCGCCGUGGGCACUUUAACAAGAGAGGUAGGAGAUGA